GAAACAUUAUGAGAACUCCGGUAUCUGUGCUCCGCUUGCCUCGAGGCCCGGAUCCGAACAGCUGCGGUUUUGAUCGUAGCUCCCCAAGAUUUAUUGCCCUUUGCCAAACCACAAUCUCCGCUUCUACGGGAUGUGUGAUAGACUCCGUUCAUUUCCAACAAGAGCAGCGUGUGCGAUCUGAAAUGAGAGAGAACUUCAUGAGAACGCUCAUAGCUAUGACCAACAGACAAGUAGAGUUCCACAUGUACGAAAAAGUUAAAGUUAAGGCCAAGUUUGGAGCCUCGGACAUUGAUGUGCUAAAUUUUCAGGUUUCUGAGUUGCAUACUCCUAUAGGAGUACAGAAAGAAGCGCUCCUCAGAUGCCAAGACGUAAUCUCUUACUCGUUUGAUGUUUGAUAGAAAAAUGAAAUUGAUUUCCCGUUUGGCGGGUUUUCAGACUGCAAUUUGUUGGGCAGAUGAGUUUUGGGCUGAGACGUAUUUUAAUAGUUUGUUUUCAACUUUUCUUUAUGUACUUCCGUUCAGAUUUAUUUUGCCAAGCAGUUAAACCACCACUAGAGGGAGUGCAAAUAUAGUUUUUGUUCAUAGGUUGCCACUUUUGUUUUGCCUUUACCAAGUCCUUUGGGUUAUGUUUCACGCUGUACUAAAAAUAACACUCUAUUAAAUGUAAAUAAGCACUUACAAGCACAAUAUUAGUUUUGAAUAAAUUUGUCACUUGCUUAAAUCAGCCUGUAAGAUUUAACUUAGGACGUCUGAUAAACUGAACUACCAGUGGUAGGCCCAUAUGUUGAGAUUCCGAUUGGGCUGCGGGACCAGAGUUCAGGAGUCAAAGUGUCCCCCCACUACACACACCCAUCCAUACCAAACAUGCAGUUCUGAGGGAGGCUGGUACAAGGGUCCUUAGCAGGCCUUGUCACUCGAUUUUCUCUGCUUGCUCCAUCUCCCUGAGUCAGUUAUUAUAUAUCUAAAGUUGCCCAAAUACAGAUGAGUAAAUAUUGUCUUCUCAGUAAUGGAAGUAAAAGUAAACAGAAAAUCUGAAUGUGACUCCAUUUAAGGUCUGGAGUUGGUCACAUCUCCCUGAGUGCAUAUAUAGGACUUAUGGAUUUGUCAUUAUUAUGAAACAAAUUUAUCAUGGGCUACACAGCAGUAUUUUAAUCUGCCUAAAAGGUGUGUUUGUGCAUUUCCAGUAAAUCAUUUUAUUGGAAUACCAUUAGGCGGGUCUUGGUUAUCCUGACCACUCUGUUGAGGCACAGACAAUCAUCAAUGAAAAGAGUAAGUGUGACUCAUCCCCAUGGGCACACACACACACACAGUGAAACCCUAUGACGUCAUCGACCCUCUGUGAUUCAAUCAGGAAGUCCUCAAGGACGACCAAUGUUAAUUUUGUAUUCGCUCUCGGGCAACUGUGAUUGGCCUGCCUGCAGCAGCCAGCUACUCCGUUGCGCACACACACACACUAACAGGCGCUUGUUCGUUUGAAAGAUCAAGGAUGAAAUGCACAAGUCAUCUGAAUGUUAAGUCUGGUUGCAGUGAUUUAUUCGUCUUGUUGUGAGAGGUUUCAGCUGCGCGUGUGCCUGAGAGGAUCUUAGUUUGUGUCUGUCUGUGUUUGUUGUUGUUUGUUGAAUGAUCAUUUUAUGAGGCUUCCCAAGUCAAUUUGUGGGGAGUUUAAUGUGAACCGUGACUGUGGAGAGAACCGCUGGGGGAGAGAUCUAUGUUUGGAUGUGCUUAUGUAUCACUAUCAGUAGAUCAGCUGAUAUUAUUUAUUAUCUUCCUUAUUAUCUGUUUGUGUAUUAUCUUAUUAUUCAUUCAUAUACACAUAUGCAUUUCUACUGUAACCUAUGUAGUGUUCUGAUGACAAUCGUGGGUCUAUACGCAGGUCAAAUAUGUUAUCAUUGUUUUUCCUCUAUACUAUAAAUUCUGUCCUGUGACCUUCAUGCCUCAGAGGGACUUUGCUAA